CACGACUCUGCAGGCUGAAUAUUUACGGUUGUACGUGCCAAGGUUGUUUCAAGGAACUUGAGUUUGUUGAUCUGUAUAUUCAAUCUAGUUUCUUUGACUUUGUAUCAGAUCAAACAUGCCGGUUUUUCCACAGUACCUCACUCCGAAACAGGAGGAAGAAUUGAGAAACAUUGCUAAAGCCAUUGUUGCUCCUGGCAAAGGAAUUCUAGCUGCUGAUGAAUCAACAGGUUCCAUUGGAAAGAGAUUUGCUCCCAUAAAUGUGGAGAACUCUGAGGAAAACAGGAGGCGCUACAGGGAGCUGUUGUUCACAUCUGACAAAGUUGCAGCAGAAAACAUUAGUGGUGUCAUCAUGUUCCAUGAAACAUUUUAUCAAAAAACUAAGAGUGGAGUUCCAUUUACAAAAGUUCUGCAAGACAAGGGUAUCAUUCCAGGAAUCAAAGUGGAUAAAGGUGUUGUCCCACUUGCUGGCACAGAGAAUGAGUGUACUACACAGGGUCUGGAUGGAUUGUCAGAAAGAUGUGCACAGUACAAAAAAGAUGGUGCCCAGUUUGCUAAAUGGCGUUGUGUUCUAAAAAUCCAGCAAUACACACCUUCCUACCAGGCCAUGUUAGAGAAUGCCAAUGUCUUGGCCCGUUAUGCCAGCAUUUGUCAGCAGAAUGGCCUGGUACCCAUUGUAGAACCGGAAGUUUUACCGGAUGGUGAUCACGACUUAGAAGCAGCACAAAAAGUCACAGAGCAAGUCCUUGCAUUUACAUACAAAGCCCUGGCAGAUCACCACGUCUAUCUGGAGGGAACUUUACUAAAGCCCAACAUGGUCACCGCUGGAAUGAGCUGUCCCAAGAAAUUUGCUAAGGAGGACAAUGCCAGAGCCACCAUUCUUGCUCUCAGUAGGACAGUCCCCCCUGCUGUCCCAGGUGUGACCUUCCUGUCUGGUGGUCAAUCUGAGGAGGAUGCGACCUUGAACCUGAACAUGAUCAAUGCUAUUCAGGGCCCCAAACCUUGGGCUUUGACCUUCUCAUUUGGACGUGCCCUGCAGGCCUCUGUUUUAAAAAUAUGGGAGGGCAAGGAUGAAAAUGUGGCAGCUGCUCAGGCAGAACUCAUUAAACGUGCAAAGGCCAAUGGUUUAGCGGCUGUAGGGAAGUAUGAGGGAGGUAUGGAAAGUGCUGCAGGAGGACAGUCAUUGUUUGUGGCCCAACAUGCUUAUUAAAUACUCUUAUAUCAAACAAUUCCACACAGAUAGAAAAUCUUAGAUCUGAGACUAGUGCUCUCUAUUUUUAAUGUUGUAAAGUGAACUUUAUAAAAUUUUAUGUAUUGUUGAACUAAUUUUUACAAGUGCUAUUUUGUUUUGCUUCCUAUCAGCUUGUUAAAUAUUUAUUAACUUCAUCACAGUGUUGUUUUUUUUACCAUGCAUACAACUCAUGGCAUUAUUUGAUGAAGUGUAGAUAAAAUAUAAUCAAUAUUCAUUGCAGGUUAUUUCAUUUUAUUUGAAAUAGCAGCCAAUGGUAAAACAAUGAGCUUUCUUGUAAAGUAUUUCAGUUAUGUAAUGAGUAUAUGAAGUAAAUGUACAGAUAGACAUUUUUGCCAUUCUAGAUAUUCACAACUUUAUAUACAUUCUUUUUGGGAAUGUUUGUUUUUAAGUUUUGCAUAAUACAAAAUAAAUAUCUUUAAACUUUA